CCCGUCUAUUGAUCAGCACUUUUAACUAAUACCACACCCAUUCAUUUACAUCACAGUGUCAUACGAAUUGUUGAUUCAUGUUUUAUUUUUUCAGCUUCCUUUCUUCACUUUCCUGUUUGCUAUGUGGCACUGAAGUUGAAACAAAAUGGGAAAUGAAAGCAGUUCUAUGGGUGACCAGGCAAAUAAAAAGAAGAAAGGGCCUCUGGGUGGAUCUCGCUCCAGUAAAUAUGUUAAGAACGAGCAGAAUGUGAGUGAGGAGCUGGCAGGUUUGAGGAGGACAGGAGCUGCCAGUGAUCAGACCUACACCGACAACACACAGCCUGCUCCAUGCCUACUGGGAGAGAAUAUUGCUGCCUCAGCUGCAGAGAGUGCAAGCCUUGACAGUGAAAGCAUCCCAGUGCUCCGUCAGGUAAAGCAGUAUGAGUCUGUUCAGGCUACAGAUGGACCUGUUGUUUCUCGCCCCGAAAUAGGAGAUAAGGAUGCUGAGUGUCCUGAAACGGAUGCUGAAAAUGAUUACAGUUCAACAUCUGAAGAAAUUGUAGUUGGACAAAAGGACUCACCAUCACAAUGUGGCGAAAAAACAAACCUACAAAUCACAGCAGAUCCAAAGUUCCCAAUAUUAGCUGAAAAUAAGGACAGCUUGUGCUCUUUACUGGAAGACACUGUGUUUGAAAAAGAUGCAUUGAAAGCAAAUGAUGCAGUCAACGAGACAAAAAGUGUUUGGGCAACAGGUACUGGUCAAAGCCUGAAAAACAGUUAUUUAUCAGAAGAAGGAAAGACUGUUGUAAUUGAAGCUGAGGAUACAUUGUCAGAUCUAUUGCAUUAUGGUGAGCAGCUGGAUGAAGCAGAUGAGCAGAGCACAUAUCCUUUCCCACAGGGCACAGUUGGGGGAGAUCAGUUACCUGCCCAAGAGAUUAAGUCUGGCCUAGUGUUGCCAACCCCAGGAUGCAAAGAAUCCAUCACAGGGCAACAUUGUACAAAAGGCACAGAUGGCCACGGCAAUCUGUUAAUGAUGGAAAUCCAAGACCCAAAGUAUGUGACACCAGCAAGCUUAGAAAAACACGCUGAGAAUGUGUCAAUUGCAGGUUGCGGUGAUGGCAAUCAUUCUCAAGCCGAAGCUGAAAGUGUGCAGCUGACUGCAGAAUUGGUCUCUGCACUAGAGGAGACGUAUAUUCUGCCGGAGGUCAGCAUUAAACAAAGUGAAGGCUCCGUACCAGCCUCAGACUAUGCCCCAAAUUCAUCAGACGGAGUAGCAUUGAACAGGAAUGAACUGAGUUUGAGUCGUGAUAUGGAACAACAUCAAUCUUAUGAGAGUAAAGAAAAUGAUUGCAGUCUUCUGGAUGGCACUGGAGGCCAGGGAGGUUCUGCAAAAAUGGAAUUACUUUCCAUCUGCGCAUCAGAUUUUGAUGCUUCUGAUCUGAAUUUUAUAUUGUUGCCAGUCAAUGACAAACAGCCGAAGACAGAUACUAAAGAACAGGACAAUAUCUUGCCUGAAAAUGCCUUUGACUUUGCAACAAGGAUGGAGAGCAUUGCAGAAUCCACAGUACUGCCUGCGAUCCAUAACGAGCCCUUAACGCUCUGUUGCGACAGCGAGCGAGGUCAGAUAUGGGAGCAGCAGGCAAAAAUAAUUUCUCCUGAAGGGGAUUUGGCAAGUCUUGCAUUUCAAAUCAUCCCACAAAACCUCGCAGCAUUGGAGGAGAAAGGAUUUGUUUUCAUUAGCACACCGCAAACAGAUUCCAGUGACUCAAAGGAAAAUGAACAUGAAGACAAGGUGUGGAACCUGAAGGAAACCAGAUCAGAACCGAGCAUUCGGAAUGCUCCUUCGGAGAACCCCCUAAGUGAACCAUUGGAUUUCAGCUUUGACAGCAGCCAACAAACACAAGCAAGUGAGAAGCCAGCAAUGGCUCCUGAAGAAAUGUUACCCAAUGUGGAGAUUGACAUGGAAAAAUAUUAUAUUCCAGAAAUGAAUGAGCUGGCACACUGUCAGAACUUGGACCUAGAUAAAUCAAAAGAAGUAUCAGAAGGUUUCCAAAACAACCAGCAAGCCUGCAGUGCAGCAGAGCAAGACGGCAGAUCUGAGAGUUGUCUUGACUCCGGUCAGGAAGAUGGCCUUCCGUCACUUAGAAUGGGACUGGCUUUUACCUCACAGGACUUUGUUCAACUCGAGGUAAAAGGAGAUGUACUGAAUCUAAACUCUUCUCAUGAAGAGCAAACAAACGCAAGUGAGACAAAAAAUGAAUUUUGUGAGGAGAUGUGCGUGCAAAAGGACGUGGAUAUAGAAAACGAGAUGUGCCUGGCCAUGCUUGAGUUGACUCCAAGCACCCUGACUCCUGACACGAUGGGUAUAAACGAGGCAGUGGAUCCUGGUAUUGAGCAGAAGCAGACAGGCAUCUGUGUGCCAAUAGAAAACUUUUCCAUAGGGAAUGUAGAUGGGGAGGUAACAGCCGGCUCACAAAUUCCUGGCACCAUUACAGGGAAAGAGGCACAGUUAUCUGCCACUGAUAAUCAGCAAACAUCUGGCAGCAAGAAGGUAGAGCCGCAUUCUGAAGAGCAACAAUGUAAUCUGCAGGCAAGGUUGGAAAGUUCCAACUUUCCAGAAGGCAGGGAUUUACAGCUCAGCUUUCAAGGCCGUGAUUCAACGGAGGCAACAGAAGAGAAACUAUCAGAUUUCAGUCCUUUCACAGAACAAACACCAGCGCGCACUGUAGAAACAUUCUGUCGAGAAGAUCAGAGCAACAUUCAGAUGAUAAAGAAUAUUAUAAUCCCAGCAGCCUUGCAGUUGCCAACUGGCUCAUGCUUGCCGGGUGCAGCUGAAGUGGAAGAGUUGUUGGAGUCUGUCAGCACCGAGCAGACAUGUAGGAAUGAAAAACCAGACGAGGUGGCUGCAGAAAAUGAAUGCAGCCCUCCAGCUACGAUGGAAAGUACCUUGUUGCCAGAAAUGGGGCACUUACCACUUCCUCUUCAAAUUACUGACUCAACAGACACAAAAGAGGAGCAGUCCUGUUUAAGCAGCCAUGGUAAUUCACAGCGAGCAGCAGAGGGAGAACACAAGGCAAAGCCCGUGGGAGGAGAGUGGAGGUCUGGGACUCAUGGGCAAGGUGUGGUUCGGGAAGGAGUGAACACGGUGCCAGUCUCUCAACCGGCUGCUGGCCCAGGAGUGGAGGACUCCUCACCACAAUGUAGUGGAGAGCCACGACCAAUUUUCAUCGACGAGGAGCAGCAAAAGGACGAUGUGCGCAGAAUCCAGGAGGACCCGGCAGAUAUAAUGCCGUCAGCAAGAACAGAGACGGCAGUGAAUCCUCAGGAUGUUCCAGUGAGGGAAGGGACGAUCGCGACUUGUGCUCCUGAACAACAGUACAUUUGUGAAAGUGCGAUGAAAGAAACCCUCAUUAAAAUGGAUUCAGAGAGUCUUCAGGAACCUGCGGAGGAUAUUUUAAUUCCACGAGCCUUUGAAUUGUCAACUCAUCCCAAUGCAAAGGAGCAAAAAGAGUUAUUAAUGGGAUGCAGCAACAAACAGUGGGAACCACAGUAUGAGGUAAUGGUUGAAAAGAGUUGUGAAUCAAGCUUGCAGAAUCUUCAGAUGGAUACUGAGAAGGUUAUUACCAGAGGUGUGGGUCUGUCACCAUGCUCGGAGAUUCCUAGUCCUAAUGAAUUAGGAGAGACAGUAUUUAGUCUCCGAGAACAGCAAAAGGAAGUGAUGGAAGGCGGUCAGUACAGUUAUCCAGCUGGUCCACAAACCAGUUUGUUCCAGUGUAUUGAAGAAGUACCUACCACAACACAGAACACUGGUUCACUAGCAACCGAAAAUGAAAAGCUGACUUUAAAUUAUUGUGAUAAGGAGGAGAUCACGGAAGGGGAAAUAGAAAAAAAUACUUCUAUAGUGGAAGCGUGCAACUUUCAGACUGAUGGUACCACGGCAGAAGGAAUGGAAUUACAGUCUGCCUCUCAGCAUCCUGAUGGCAUCGGGCUGAAUGAAGCAUUAUUGGCGUUCACUGGUGAAAACCCACAAUCCUGCAAUGAAAAACAGCAAGGGGAUUCUGAGGGCCCGCAGGAAGGUCCUGACGAUAUAGCCUUGUCAAUAAGUGGAGGAUUAGCACUGAAUCUUGAGGUUAUUACAACCAAAGCAGAGGUGUCAGAGGGCACUUGCUAUUCUCCAGAGCAGCAAGAAAUCUCUGGCACUGAACUUAAUGAUGGACUUUCCAAAAAUAAUUCAGAGCAACCCCAAAUAUCAGUGGAAAACGUUAUUCCUCCACUGGCCAUAAAAUUACCAAUUGACUUUGAGCAUCCUAAUGUAGAGGAACAAAGCAUUACAUUGCCAUGGCUGAACACACAGAGGGCAGAAAGUGAGAUGGAAGAAAGGUUCUUUGAAGCCAGUGAACAAAAUCUUUCAACUGAAGCUGAAAACGUUUCGGCCCCAGAAAUGUUGAACACACCAGCCAGCAGCAAGGAUGCUGAUUCCACAAAUCUGGAAAAGACAGUGACUGGAUUCAGCAAUGAACAUCAGUCCGCGGAUGACAAAAGUAAACAGGAAGUGACAGGAGAUGGUGCAUCUUGCUUUCAAAGCCUCGAUGAAAACAAUGAAAGUCGCUUGAAGCCAAAAGCAGCAUCAAUGACAUCCCUUCACGAUCCCAGUGCGAUUAAAAUAAAGGAGAACAUUUUGAAUUUAGAUGUUAGUGGAAAACAAGAAGUAUCCACAAGAGGAAUGGACGAUGACCAGAAUGAAGAAAAUGUAGGUGAUUUUCAAAUGGAUGAAGACGAUAUUCCAGACUCGACAACCACCGAACUGAAGGAUCAUUAUUCCAGCACAGAAGUAUUGAAGGAUGGAGUGAUUAACUCUGAUUUUGAUGUUGAACGUCAGCAAACAUGUGAAAAUGCAGCAAAGGUGAAUAAUUUUGUUGAAGGGAUGAGCAGUGUUCAAGUGGACAUGUCAGCCUCUCUCACAGAAUUCAUUACAUUGGCACAGAAACUUUCCAUUCCCCUGCAAUCUGAAGAUCUUGCUACAUCACUGGGGCUCAUUGACGAACAACCACAGGCCCACUCUGGUCCAACAGAAGCAAGUAUCUGUGAGGAUGAAGUGUGCUGUCUUAUGGAUGUUACUGAAAAUAUAUCUGCCCUGACCAUGGAAGUCCCAGCUGGCUCAGAAAAUCACCACACGGAGCAGCCAGAGGAAGAGAUGCUGGGGUUCAAGAAACGCAGUGAAGAAAUGACAGAGAAAGUUUGUUUAGAAGAUGAACACAAUUUCCAACUGAUCACAUUGGAUGCCCUCCUGGAAACUAAAGAAUUGAUUCCCACUGUUGAGAAUCAUGAUACACCAGAAGUGAUAAAAAUAUUACCUGGCUUCAUUAAUGAACAGCAACAAAUAUGUAUCGAAGAGGCAAAUGUAAAAGCAAGUGAGGAAAACCUUUGUCAACCUCAUAUAGUUAAAGAAAAUAUCAUUCCUUCGAGUGUCACUGAACACUACCCAGACACACUGGAAGACAUCCCACUGGCAGUUGUUAAUGAACAAUGGGAAAUUGGUGUUGACGUCAUGAAAAACAGUGAAGACAGUCCUUGGACCUGUCAGACAACUAUUGAGGGUGUUGUACACACAGGAACGCAAAAGUUGACAGACGACUCUCAGAAACACGAAGGGAAAGAACAAGAGACAAUAAACGACUGUAAGGAUCUAAAUGUAGAACCCAUGGUCAAAAAUAAUUCAGAAGAAAAUCUUGAGGAAGUAAACGUGGAGGUGUCAGAAGCAAGUCUAAAAAACGCUGAAGUCGCAAUGGAUAAGCAAUCAGCACCUUGUGCACAGGAACCUAAAGCAGCUAUUUUGCCAGAGACUGUGAAAGGCUUGGUUGGUGAACAUCAAUCUGAAACCUUGGACAACGCCCAGGUUGACAGGACAAAUAAUUUCAUUCCAGAAACCAUCAAUCUGAUCCAUGGCACUCAGACUCCUGUGAACGAGAUAUCGAUUAUAAGUAGCCAGCUGCAGAUGGUAUACAGCUGUGCUGGUAAUGUGGACGGAGUUCAUGGAAAAUCUGUGCACAGCUCACAGAGUGCUGUGGAAAAUAUUAUAAACCCUGAAAGUAUGAAGUUGGCAACGGUAGCUCAAGAUUCUGACAAAUCUGAACUGAUAGUUUCCAGUUGUGAUCAACAGAAGGAAGGUAACAGAGGAACGCUUGCAGAAGGCAGAAAGGAUGAGGAUUCCGUGGAAAAUAAUUCAUAUCCAGACACCACCAAAGUGCCACGUUCCAGCCCUCCCAUAAAGGAUAAAAUGGGCGUUCGGGAGAAGUUACCAAAUGUCAGUUGGAAUACUGAGCAGCAAAGCUGGAACAAUGAAAUGGGAGACAACACCUCGGAAAUGAAUGCACUCAAAUCCAAGACCUGUACAGAAAUUGCUCCAAUCUCAGAAACAAUAAAUUUGCCACCCAACUUGCAGAUUCACGAACCAUCCAAUGAGGAUGAUUAUAUGCCGGCUUCCGCUCCUGAAGGUGACAAGAAUGAAAUCACUGGCAUUGAGCUAAAAGAAAAUGUGCUUGAUGAAGAUCUGAGCAAGCUUGAGAUAGACGGAGAAAGAACAGUCUCAGAAAACACUACGCUGAUAUUAACAGUUCAGAAACCUGAAGAAGCGAUACUGAAGGGAAUAUCAGUGGAUUUUGAAAAUGAACAACAGCAAACAUUUCCUGCAGAGAUCAAGGAAUCCACUGAUCUACCACAGAUUCCCACAGAGUGUAUUUCAGCCCAAGAAACUGUGGAACUGACCUCUAGCUCUCAGGAACUUGGCAUUGAGAAUGAUGAAAAAACAUUAUUGGAUUUCAGCCCUGGCAUUGAACAGCCAUUGUAUGCAGAUGAAACAAAUAUAGGCAAAGAAAAUGCAUUUGUUGAUAAGAUGGGGAAGGAAAAUUCUGCUGUUGAUACUGGGACUGCAAACAGUAGCCUUAGUGAAGAUAAUCGAUUACCCGUUAUUAAAGCUAAAGCAAACUUAUGUGCUGAGAGCAUACAUUGUCUUGAAGAUGUAAUACCUGAAACCAAUAAGCAUACUUCUAAUUCCAUGCAUUCUGGCACAACAGCUGAAGAGGAUAUUUUAAGAUCAAGAUAUGACAUUGAGAAACACCAGUCCCCGAAUCUAAGUGGGAAAGAAAAUGUUCACGCAAUUAAUGUUGGAAGUUUGGAACAAGGCAUAACCUCUGGGAUAGAUCCCAAGGUAUUCCCACAUUGCACUCCGUCUUUUUCCGAAACUGUGGAAAUGAACCAUUUGUUGGCCAAGGCCGCAGAUAGAGAGCAACAACAGGCACGUGAUGGAAUCUAUUUACAAAGCACUAGUGAAGAGAAAGUAAGUUUGAAGAUGGAUUUUGCUGCAGGAGAUGAUAAAUUCCCAGUGGCAGAGGAGAAAGAGACCAUUCCAGUUCAUGGCACAGGACGUAUAAGCCUUACUACACCUCUGGAAACACAAGCUGCGGAACCCAUGACUAUUGAGAGCAAUGAGACCAGCAGUGUGGCUGAACACCUACUCUUGUUACACACCAAAGAGACCUCAGAAAGUUGCUUACGAAAUAAUGCCAUAGCACAGGAAAAUAUUGCGGGGGUUUUCCCAGAGGAGUAUUUGCCUGGAGUAGAUCAAAUGUCCCUUAUUAAACAGUCAAAUUCUGAAUUAGAAAAGGAAUUCUUCCUUGAAAUGGAACAAACAGCUGGAGAAGAAGGUAGGCCCCCCAAAACAUUAGCAGAUGUCAAGGAAGAUGGGGUUCUGUUGGCUCCUUGUGAAAACACUCAAGCCAGAAUAACUGAUGAAGGACAGAAAGAAAGAUUAAAGACUGAAAGUUCUGAAUCCACCUCUUCUUCACCUUCUGUCCUUGGAAAGGAUGGUGCGAGUAUAAUAUACACUGCCACUGCAGGCGCACUGGAUCAAGGGAUCAUGACCACAAGUCUAUCUUUGCCUUCUAAAAAGAACAGAUUGGUUUCAGCGCCACAAAUCGAACCUGUUGCUCCCCAUCCUCCACAGCACCCUGACUACACCAAGCCACUGGACCAUGCUCAAGUUCUCCAGAAACGCCCUGAGAAAAUAUCAUUAAGUGUUUCCUUGGCUUCAGAAGAGGAGGAAUCAUUUCCAGCAUUCCUACUUGCCCAUGUUGAUGCUCAUCCUCCUCAGGACCCCGAGUACACCAGUCCUUUGGAUCUCCCAGAACUCCUUGAUCAGGAGCAAAUAAGUAUCUCCUUGACCUCGGAGAAGGAAGAAUCAUUUCCAGCUUUUCUUCUUGACCCUGUUGCUCCCGAUCUUCCACAACUCUUCGAUUACACCCCUGAAGCUUUGGAUGACGCUGAUGGUCUUCAGAGUCAUCUUGAACAACCUUCAUUAAGCAUAUCCUUGGCUACAGAGGAGGAGGAGCCGUUUCCAGCUUUUCUUCUUGCACCUGUUGCUCCUGCUCCAUCGCCAGACUCCGAGCUCUCCGAACCUUUGGAUGACGCUGACAUUCUCCACGAGCACCCUGAACAGAUUUCACUGAGUGAACCUUUCACUUCUGAAGAAGAAGAGUCAGUUCCAGUUCUUCUGCCUGUUGGAGUUCCCUUUCCACUGUGCCCUGAGUACACCAAGCCUCUGGAUGAUGCUGAGAUUCUGCAGGAUCGCACUGAAGAGUUCUCAUUAAGUGCAUUUUCAUCUGGUGAAGAACAAGGUUCCCAAGGUUCUCUGUUAGCAGUUCCUGCAGAAGCUGAACUUGAAGUUGAACAAGCAUCCCGUGAGCAAAUUAUUGGCAGCUCCUCUGUGCCUGCUGAUAUCACCGAUACAGAUUGUACUGCUGUGCUACCAGAUCCUGCUGUCACCUCUCCAACCGACGACAUUACCUUUCUCCACGAUAAUGCUGAGCAGUCUGCUUUAAGUGUUGCUGUGCCUAGUGAUACUGAAGAGCACGAAAGUCGUCUUUUCCUGCCUAUAACUCCUCCUUCAUCUCCACAAUCUGAAGGUGUCGAAGAACAUUUUAACCUUCUAAAAGAGUUUGACAAUACUUUGAAUGGUGAUAUUGCAGAGCCAAUUCUUGCUCCUCCUCCUGUCUGCAGCAAUAAUGAUGGUCUUGGAGUUGACCAUGUUUUGAAAAGCGUUUCUGUGCCGACUGAAUGUGAAGGGACAGUAGUUGCUCCUCUUGCUUCAACACCUCCUUCACUUUCACCUCUACAAUCAGAUGAUGAAGUCGAGCCAUCCAUUGACAUAACUAGUCUGCAUGAACAACAUGUGAGUGCGUCCGUGUCUCGUGAUUUGCAAAAGCCAAUAGAUUCUCGUUUUGCAUCUGAAUCACCUCCUAUUUCACCUGAAGGCUUCAACAAACCACAGACUGAUGCAACAGGUCUUCAAGAGCCUCUGAGGAGCUCAGACUCGGAGGGAACGUUUGAGACACCUGAAGAGACUACGCCUGUGAAAGUUCCUCCCCAGAUCACCUCCACGGUUGCUGAAAAGGAAAUCCAAGAGCAGCCAGACACAGAAGAUUCAGUACUCGUUCCUGAUAAUCAGAUUGUUGCUGCCGCUGAGAACUCAUCACAGCCAACGGAAUCCGUCAGACAUCUCUCUGAGUCGGCUUCGAUUGUAUUUGAUGAAGAUAAACCAAUAGCUAGUAGUGGAGCUUAUAAAAUUGAUUUUGAUCAUCUUGAGGUCUUGGACACUUUCCAUGCUCAGCCCUCUUUAGCUCCCAGCUCGACUGCAGACGCAGAAGGUUCUGAACCUGAGUGGCAAGCCAGUGAGAAGCCUCUGAGCACAUUGACCAGCUCCAGGAGCCCACCAGCACCAGCGUCUCCGCCAAUCUUACGAAAACCUGCUGGAAUUACAGAUGUUGGUAGCAUUGAGGAUGUGGCAAAAACUGUGCAGGCAGAGGCCUUUAGCAUAGCCUCAGAUAAUGCUCCCAGCGUUAAGAAAAAGAAAAGACCACAAUCUCUGAAAAAGAAGAUUAAAUCAGAGAAGCCAGCAGAGACACCAGCGGAAAAGCCAACAGAGGCUCCAACUACAACUGAAGCCCAAACAAAGCCCACUGUCUCCAAGACAAAUAAAGAAGUGAAUGCACCUGAAUCCUCCUGCAGCAGUUUACGAAGCGCUGUAAACCAACAGGAGUCUUUUAUUCCUCUUCUGCCAUCCAACAGUUUUGAUCAAGCCAACCUUACUGAGCAAAAUUCACUUGCAAGUGGAGAUAAACUACAAAAUGUACCAGUAGCACAGGCUGAAACUGAGACCGUUUCUGUUGCGAGAAAAGAUUUGGACAAAGUUGCGACUGAGUCUGGCACAGUGUCCAUUCCUCCGGUUGUGGGCCAUGCUGUGAGGCUGGAAUUUGAUUAUUCUGAGGACAAAGACAACUUUGAUAGUGAUCUCGCAAAAAAACCUGUUCCUAAGAAAUUUGGCAAAAAACCCGGUGGGAAGAUGCCACUACGAAAGCCAAAGCUAGGAAUCAAGAAGGCUCCACCCGUUGAAAAGGUCGAGAGUGCUCCAUCAUCCUACUCAGCUGCUGAUCCUGAUGAAAUCCCCAUUCCAAAGAUGGCAUAUUCAUUCGACCCUUCAAAAUGGGAAGAUCCAAAUUUCAACCCCUUCAACACCAAUGUGCAGGUCCCAAAUUCUCCCAAGCACCAUGCUUCAUCAAGUAUCAAAGCGGAUAACUGUGAAAGCUCAACGGACCCAUUUAAAUCUUCUACAAAACUCUCAGGAUCUCCUUCUCAAUCCCCUGCUUCAUUUGAGGUGAACGAUGACACUGGUGCAAGUGAAGGGGAUAGUAACAAUAAGUCAUCAAAGAAGAAGAGGCUACCUUUAAAAACAAAUACUUUUAGGGUGAAGAGAUCUCCAAAGCGAACCUCACUCUCCGAAACACCGUCACAGGAUUCAACUCCACUCACUACUCCAGAAACACCACCAGUAAUUGGCACGGUGGAACAUGCCACUGAUGAAGAGAAACUAGCCUCCUCAGGAACAAACCAGAAAUGGACCUACUCUGGAAUACAGUCUGAAUUAGACGAAGAGAAACCUGAUUAUCCACAGCCCUCGGACCUUUCUGCAUUCGUGAAUGAGAAUUCUGAGUUCGCAAAUGAAAACUUUUCUUCAGCGGUGUUGGAUUAUGAACAAUCAUUAGAAAUUGAGUACAUGGAAAAGCUUGGUUCAUCUUCACCUCAUCAUGACACAAAUGCAAUAAAACAGUCCAUGUACUUAAAGAUUGAUUCUCGGAAAGGAAGUCCGAUAAACUGUCCUCCUCUCAGAUUAUCUGUUUCAGCUACUCCUUGUUCAGGAUCAAGUUUAGAUGAUGUGGAGGAUAGUGUACUGUCACCUGUUCCAAAUAAGCUUUCAGGAAUACGAUCCAGCCAAGAAGCACAUUUACAUUCAUCUGAUAAACUGAAAGAUGUGGAUUCCCUGAGCUCAUCUUCUGCAAAGUCCGAUCUGACAACUCCUGAGGAACCAAUUGCCUCUGCAGAUGCCUUGUUAAGUAGGAUUAUAGGACACACAGAAGUAGAUGAGCUUGACUAUCUGCAGCCUGACACAGCUGAGAAAAACCCUACGGCGUUUGCGAGCAAGUUACAGGAAGAGCUAGUGUAUGCAGCCAUGAGGAUAGAAGCACUGAAGCUAGCCAAACAGAUUUCCAACUCUCCCGGCAGCUCCUUAGAUUAUGAGAUCAGAGGGAGGAGUGCAGCACGAAGACAAAGGGCCAAUUGUGGUUCACAUUCACAACAAAGAGACUGUACACCAUUAAUGGACACUCCCAUCACAAAAGGGGUGCUCUACUCCAGAACCGGUGAUGGUGAGGCUGUUGACAUUCAAGCCGAUGGACAUCACUACAACCAGAGAGAUUUGGAUUCUGCUCUGAGAGCAGCUCGGGAGGAGAUUGUCGAAAAGGAAAGGGAAGCGUCUGACUGGAAGAGGAAAUACGACGAAAGUAAGCAAGAAGUUGUUGAGAUGAGGCGGAUUGUUGCAGAGUACGAGAAGACCAUUGCUCAAAUGAUAGAGGAUGCUAGGAGGCCUUGUCUGAAGUCUCUCUCCCAUCACAUGGUACAGCAGCUAAUAGUGGAAAAGGACCAGGCCUUGUCUGAUCUGAACUCUGUGGAGAAAUCUCUCGCGGAACUCUUCAGGAGAUACGAGAAAAUGAAAGAGGUGUUGGAAGGGUUCCGAAAGAAUGAGGAAGUAUUGAAGAAAUGUGCCCAAGAAUACCUUGCCCGUGUAAAGAAGGAAGAACAGCGGUACCAUGCUCUCAAAAUCCAUGCUGAAGAAAAGCUUGACAAAGCAAAUACUGAGAUUGCCCAAGUGCGUGCCAAGUCCAAAUCAGAGCAGACAGCCUUCCAAGCCAGCCUACGGAAGGAACAGAUGAAAGUGGAGUCAUUGGAGAGAACUUUAGAACAGAAGAAUAAGGAAGUGGAAGAACUGACAAAAAUCUGUGAUGAACUGAUUGCCAAAAUGGGGAAGAGUUAAUGUCGCCUAUUUUUUUGUUGUUGUCGAUUAGUGGGGAAAUACUGAGUGCAAUAAAGCCUGUGGUGCAGUAAUGAAUGCUGACCUAUGUGGACAUUGUGGUUUUCACCACAUUUUAGUGCACUAUUUCUCUUUCAGAUGAGGACUGUUUAAUGUAUGUAGCAAUCAAAUGGCCCUUGCAAAUUUUCCUUUUACUGUCUGCUGUAUUGUAGUAUGGCACAAGGCAAGUUGAUGUAAAAGUUCCUGUAUCAGGGAGAUUGGUCCUUCAAAGGCUAGAUAAGAUGUGUUAGAUAUUGAGAUUGAUUUAUAUUUUUUGUUUUUUUUUAUGGGUUUCCAUGUAUUGUGUUUAAAGUUUGAAUAUACUGUACAUUACUGCAAGAGGAGUCUUGCCAAUUUUCAGUGAAGCCUUAAGAAUCUAGACUUGAUCUGCAUAAUGAAUUUGUAAAAACGCAUGUGUCAAUGAAGUUCUCUAUUGUAAAUAAAAUUUAGUUUAAAAUCACAA